CCAAUUACCCAACCAAACCUAAGCAAUAAACCACUUAUCUGUAGACUGAAACAGAACUGGAAACGGUAGCAGUAACAGAUUAACAGAGAAUGAGCCGUUCUCUCUUAUCUCACCUUCUUGCUCUCCCCAAUUCUUCUCCUCGCUUCACUUCCUCAAUUUCUUAUUCAGCAGUUUCUGGUCCUGUUUUCAAGCGGAAUCCUCAAUCUUCCUUUCGCUUCUGCUGUAAUGCUCUCGUUUCCCAGCCUUCUGGGUCGGAUUCCGUUUCAUCGUCACCGCCUACUGUCAAGAAGCGAGUUGUCUCUGGAGUUCAGCCAACUGGAGCUUUACAUCUAGGGAAUUAUCUGGGAGCCAUUAAAAAUUGGAUUUCUCUUCAGGAUACCUUUGAAACAUUUUUCUUCAUAGUUGAUCUUCAUGCGAUAACAUUGCCAUUUGAAACUCAACAACUAUCCAAAGCAACAAGGAAUACAGCAGCUAUUUAUUUGGCAUGUGGAAUUGAUAUCUCCAAGUCCUCAGUUUUUAUUCAAUCCCACGUUCGUGCUCAUGUGGAGCUUAUGUGGUUGCUCAGCUCUACAACACCAAUUGGUUGGCUUUACAGAAUGAUUCAAUUCAAGGAGAAAUCACGUAAAGCGGGAGAUGAAAAUGUUGGGGUUGCACUUUUGACGUAUCCUGUUCUCAUGGCUGCUGAUAUUCUUUUAUAUCAGUCCGAUUUUGUUCCAGUUGGAGAUGACCAGAAGCAGCAUAUUGAAUUGACAAGACAGUUGGCUGAGCGCGUGAAUAAUUUGUACGGAGGAAGGAAUUGGAAGAAAAUGGGAGGGAGAGGGGGCUCAAUUUUAAAGAUACCUGAACCACUUAUUCCACCAACCGGUGCUCGUGUGAUGUCUUUGACAGAUGGUCUUUCUAAGAUGUCCAAAUCUGCGCCUUCUGAUCAGUCUCGAAUUAAUCUACUGGAUCCGAAGGAUGUCAUAGUUAAUAAGAUCAAACGUUGCAAGACUGAUUCAUUUACGGGGCUGGAAUUUGACAAUCCAGACAGACCUGAAUGCAAUAAUCUUCUCUGCAUUUAUCAACUUGUAUCAGGAAAGACAAAGGAGGAAGUUGCCCGAGAAUGUCAAGAUAUGAGCUGGGGAACUUUCAAGCCACUCCUAGCAGACUCUGUGGUUGCGCAUUUACAACCCAUUCAGGCGCGUUACGAGGAAAUCAUGUCUGAGCCGAGCUAUCUAGAUGGAGUUCUAGCAGAGGGCGCAGCGAAAGCUACGGCGAUAGCAGAUGAUACUGUUAAUAACGUCUACCAGGCGAUGGGUUUCGUUCGGAGAUGAGUGUAACCAGUCACACCCAGUUUUCUAUUGUGCUUUUUUCUGAAGAGUGAGCACAAACUACAGUGCACCUGUGAAUCAUUAUACUUUAGCUAAUUUUUUUUCCCAUCUUCACGAGCUUAAUUUAUCAUUAACAAGGGUUGGAUUGCGUACAUCUGAUGUUUCCAAACCCCACCCUAGGUGGGAGCCACUUAAUGGCAUUCGGGUAACGAGAUGUUGUGUUCGUGAGCUCUAUUUAUAGGAAGCCGAUGUUGAGAUUAGGAACUGGUUCGAGUUAAAUUAUCCUGCAUACUUCAUUCUUUGAUACAAAAUUUUACAGUUAUGAAUGUUUUUCUUUUAAUAAAACUGGAA